AGCACAGGGUUCGGCUCGACAUGUUGCCCAACAGCCCGCCAUGCCGCCUUCUCGACACAAGGGGGAGCCAUGUUGCCGCAUCGGAAAUUGGGCAUGCUAUUAUGAGCCUAGGGAGGAUGUUGAAUGUGUGGGCUCCGACAGUAAGAGUGCUGGAGGGAUGGUUGACGCCGUGAGCCCGCUGUCGAAGGUGAGCCUCGCACGGAGAGAGCUGCAGGCGGUGCAGAACGAACUCGAGGGGGCGAAGGUUGAGAUCAUUCAGGUGCUUAACCAGUCUGUUGAGACGGCGCGGCUGGACCUGGAACUCCAAAGACGACAAUGGUUCAAUGCGGCCGGUGUUGCACAAGCCAGGGAAGGACUGGAGCAGAAGGAGGACUUCCUUCGUCGCGUACAGCAUGUUCUUUUGAGGACAACCUUGUUCUCGAAGCCUAGUAAGAGUACUGCUGUUGUCAUCCGGGAGAAUAACCUCACGAUGCAAAUGUGCCCUGGGCUUGUGGGCAAGAGUACUCGCAUAGCGGAGAUUGAUGAGGAUAAUGGGCUUUAUAUGGUCGAAGGGUGUGAGUUUUGGCUGCGCCGUAUUGAUUUCAAUGUUAUUGAGGUUGCACGUAAUGGUUACGUGUCAGCAAGCAUGUCAAGUCUCUCUAGCGAUUUCUCUUCAGACUCAGACACAAGUAGCGAAUACCCGAUGGAAGAGCAAUGGUCCAACGAAGUGGACUCUGCUCUGCUAGGGUGUUGGGUGUUAGAUCGCUGCGAAGGCAAUAUGUCUGGCAUAAUGGCCGAUGCCGAUGUUGAUUGGAUCACGCAGAAGACGGCCAAAGCCUUCAACUAUGGUGCGGGCUUGAUUUCUCACACGUUGGAGCAAUCUGGGAAGAAGCUCACUAUCACAAUGGCAGGUGGCUUGAAAACGUUCAAGACAAAGAUAGAUAUGUCCACAGACGUUCCAUCCCAAACGAUUGCUGAAAAUGGGCAAGAAGUGCUGGUGACUGGCAAAUGGGAUGGCAACGCUUUGGUCAUCCUUGGGACAAGCAAGCGUGAUGGACAACCUAUUCAGGCUUCGAAGCGUUAUUGAAUCGGAACGCGCUGAUUCAAGAGGUAUUUCCACUUUCCUCCAAGUACUCCCCUGUGAGGCGUAUAUUCAGACUGAGAUGACUGUGCCCGCCUGUUCGGUUGCAUUGCGUUGCCGCGCUGACCGACAGCGCGGCUUCCAGGGGCUCGAGCGCAGUUAACACGAACGCCAUGGGAGUCGCACGCGCACGCACACACAUACACACAUACCUACGCAUCAUACACGGGCGAGAGAUGUUCACGCGUGUGAGUGGCAGAUGCUUCGGUCGCGCCCUUAUCCCUCCUUCUUCCUCCCUACCCUC